GUCAUUUCUCUGUUUGACCUCGAAAUUUUCACAUUUUUGCAUAAAGUGAAAAUUAAUAGUACGUGAGCCAUGGCCGAUGAUGAUGAAAAUAAAGAAAAGAACCAUACAAUCGAAAGUCUCUUUAUACUUUAUGCCAACAAUAACCUCAACGCUUUGGAUUUAGAUAAUGAAAUGUAUGAGAGUAUACUCUUAUCACAAAUAGAUUUUUGGCUGGAUCAGGCGAAACUGUUAAAAACGGUUUUUACAAUGACAGAAACGGGCAUGACUUAUAUGAAAUUCAAAAAAUGGCGUUUGGAUUUCGAGGAAUUUUUGGACUUUCUGAACUUAAUUUGCCAAGACAAAGAUAUAAAAAUUGAUGAUGUUAAGCAAGCGCUGCUCGAAGCUGGUCCUCCUGGCGGUACUACGGAAAUUGUUAUAGUGAAAUGAUUCAGAAGUUUGCAGUAUAUUUUUGAGGAUGAUACGUACCCAACUUUAGGCUAGUUUUAUACAAUAAAUAUCAAUAUGAAUGAGAAUUUUAAGACCAGUGUUAAAAUUCUUAGUUCAGAGAUAUAUAAUAAAUUAAACUAUUUCAAGUCCGACAGCUACAA